CAGCAGCAGGAACAGCAGUGGCAGGAACAGCAGCAGCAGGAACAACUGGAACAGCAGCAGCAGCAGCAGGAGUAGCAGCAGCAGGAACAGCAGCAGCAGCAGGAACAGCAGCAGCAACAACAACAGGAACAGCAGCAGCAGCAGGAGUAGCAGCAGCAGGAGUAGCAGUGGCAGGAACAGCAGCAGCGGGAACAACUGGAACAGCAGCAGCAGGGAUAGCAGCAACAGGUAUAGCAGCAGCAGAAACAACAGCAACAGGGGCAGCAGCAGCAGGGAUAGCAGCAACAGGUAUAGCAGCAGCAGAAACAACAGCAACAGGGGCAGCAGCAGCAGGGAUAGCAGCAACAGGUAUAGCAGCAGCAGACACAACAGCAACAGGGGCAGCAGCAGCAGAAACAACAGCAACAGGGGCAGCAGCAGCAGAAACAACAGCAACAGGGGCAGCAGCAGCAGACACAACAGCAACAGGGGCAGCAGCAGCAGAAACAACAGCAACAGGGGCAGCAGCAGCAGCAGACACAACAGCAACAGGGGCAGCAGCAGCAGACACAACAGCAACAGGGGCAGCAGCAGCAGACACAACAGCAACAGGAACAGCAGCAUUGGGAACAGGAACAACAGGCAUAG